AUGCUCUGGUUUGUUCCCCUCCUUUUCGCUGCUGUUCAAGCAGCUUACCAUGAACAGCUUUCGUUCAGACCUCUUCCUAGGAAUACGCUUCUUGCAGACUUCCACUUUAACACGGUGCUGCCAGCGUUCCCUCUUGAAUACACCAACGCUCUGGCGCCAGCGGGUUCACAGGCACCUCGCCAUUAUGGCUACUUUCCCAGAAUGCUAGCUCCAAUUGUUCAGGCGACAAACACGCGUGAAUUGCACUUACGGUUUACUCAGGGCUGGUGGGAUGCUGAUCUGUGGGGGCUGUUGCCUCAUGACGGUGCUGUGAUUGGCGGAACGGGCGUGGAAGUGUGGGCUGCCAUUGAGGCUCCGUCCGUGGACGCUGCGAGAGCGUCGUGGUUGAAACUUACAGAGUCGCUUUCGGGAGUGUUCUGUGCUUCGCUUAAUUUCGUGGACGAUGCGGUUACGACGUUUCCCAAGUAUAAAACGGCUUCUGAAGAGGCGAACUACGUGGCUGUACCAGGGAAUAAGCUCUUUUUGCUUCGUGCUGCGUUGCCUGAUGAACCGAUUUGUACGGAGAACUUGACUCCGUUCUUGAAAUUGCUUCCUACGCGUGGAAAGGCUGGCAUUGCGUCUUUGCUCGAUGGCCAUAAGCUUUACGACUCGUUGUGGCACUCUAUGAGCAUUGAUCUUGUUACUGCUUGCUCGGGAAAUGAAUGUCACUUGGAACUGGACCAGCAUAUCCAUCAUAUUGCCGAUAUUACUCGUCUGAUUCGUCGUAGAAACGAGGGCGGUAUUCCUAAACCUGUUCCUGGCGAUAAAUUGCGUUGUGAUGAAUCUAAACAUCAUGACGCAUGGCACUGUUUCCCUGCUGGUGAGGAGCCAGCGAUUGAAUGGGAUAUUGAAAGUCUCUAUGGCCGUGCUAUUAAAGGCCCUGGCUUUGAAAACCAAAAGGGUACAACCAAAAUCAAUUUUUUCGUCGAUCCAGACCACUGGAAGGUCACUUUAUUGGAGGAAGGCAAGGACGACGCUGCUGUGGGUGAAACAUACGAAAUCGUUAAAGCUGUUCCUCACAAUUUCCGUCUUUCCACCAGCGACUUCAACAAGGUCUUACCAAAGCAAGAAACACCUCUUUUGGUCUCCAGAUCUCUUACAGGCUACUCCCAGGACCGUGGCGGAAUGCGUGUUACUUUGCAUAACCCUCAAGAUAAAGACGUCUCGUUGGUCUACUUUGAAAGUCUCCCCUGGUUCAUGAGAAUCUACUUGCACACGCUUCAAGUCAGCGGCAACGGAACCAUCGAAAACCAGUUCUUCAAGCCUGCCAUUGACAGAACCAGACCUACACAUCUAGAACUCGCCUUGACCAUUCCUGCCGGCCAGUCUUUAACACUCACCUACCAGUUCGACAAGUCCUUAUUGCUCUUCUCUGAGUACCCACCAGAUGCCAACCACGGUUUCGCCAUUGAACCUGCCGUGGUGAAAAUCAUCGAAAACGGCAGCACCGUCUACCAACUCAGAACGGCCUCGUUGCUUCUCACGCUUCCUACCCCAGAUUUCUCCAUGCCCUACAACGUUACUAUCUUAACAUGUACAGUGAUGUCGCUUGCGUUUGGCUGUGUUUUCAACUUACUUGCUAAGAAAGUCGUUACCGAGGAGGAAUUUGAAGAACUCGCCAAAACCACUCCCUUGGGUAAACUCAAGGCCAAACUUGCUUAUUUGAAGAGCAAGUUGAAGGGCAUUAAGGCAUAA